AUCGUUGAGAUUAAUAAUUAAAAAAAUUGCAACUCAUGAAAUAUCUCAAGAAUCCCCGCGAAAUGAUCGCCAUGUCAUCAAAAGCGUGACACGAAAUUAAAUCAAGAAGGCUGUGAAAAGUAAGAAUCCCAAUAAACCGCGUGUGCUUGCGAGAAAAGUGUCGUAAAAUCGGCUAAAAAGUGAUAAUAAUGUGUUCUCUGGCCUAUGACACGGGACUUCCGUUUAAUGGACAGGAACAGGAAGUUCAUCUCGGUCUGAGAUGGCAAAAUAAAAACAUCCUGUACAGAAGAAAUUUUCGAAAAAUAAACGCUACUAUAUUUUGGGGUUAUAACCAAAUAUGUUAUCCUCAGUAAUUUGACCAGUAUAGCAUCGGUUCCAUCUCCGAACCCCGGUUAUUAGUGUCGAAUAUCUCAAGGGCGUCACGACAGUGUCUCAACUACAGAAAUGGAUCUUCAACAGAGAACAUUACAUUCCUGUAACAAUUUGGAAUUACUUUCAACAGCAUUGAAUUGUUUCUUUCUAGGGCUUGGGGUAUCAUCCAUUAACACAAAGACACAAUCAUGCAAGCCGAAACUAUAUGUGGCAAUGACAUCGAAGGACUUGAUGCAGAUACACUCAUCCCAGUGGAAAUUUUACCAUGUGAUGUUAAUCAGCGAACAAGAUCACAGGAUGCAUUGUCGAUAGUUGAGUUGGGGAAACAACUAUUGAUUAGUGCUAGAAAUGGAGAAACAGAAACAGUUCGUGACCUCAUGUGCAGAGGUGCACCUUUUACGACUGAUUGGCUUGGUACAAGUGCCUUGCAUUUGGCUGCACAAAAUAAUCACACCGAAACAGCAGAAGUCCUACUUAGAGCUGGAAUCUCUAGAGAUGCGCGGACAAAGGUUGAUCGAACACCACUUCACAUGGCUGCCUAUGAGGGACAUCAUCAAAUGGCACAGCUACUACUUAACUACGGAGCUGACGUUGAUAGCAGGGAUAUGUUGAGAAUGACACCUCUGCACUGGGCAGUUGAACGAGAACAUUUGGAAGUAAUGCAAGUAUUGCUGGAACAUGGGGCUGAUGCAAAUGCAACGAGUAAAUUUGACAAAACACCGAUUAGCUUGGCACUGGAACAUAACAGGCUUGAUUUAGUGGAUGUAUUACAACAGGAGCGAGAAAUACUGGCAGAUAAUCCACAGCACCAGAGUCAGGCUUGUUCAGCUGAGCUAGAAGUUGCCACGCACAGCCUUAUGCAGCUAGAAGCAGAACGAGAGCAAGAACAACAGCAGCUUGAACUCCAGCUACAACAACAGCAACAAAAACGUAAAUUUCAAUCAGGACAAGCCGGUAAGAAACAAAGGAUGAUAUUCCAGCAAAUUCGAGUCCCUUCAGCUAGCGACGAAGAUCAAGAACGGGAAAUAGAAGGUAUGGAAGAUAAUGAGAGUAGGAGUCAGGAAGAUGAAGAGGUUGAAGAAGAAUCUGAAGUUAUCAGUGAAGUUGAACAACCUCUUCGAUUACUUCAGGCUCAUGGUAUCACCAUGAUACCAGUGGACAAUGAUACUACAAUUGUAGAAAACGCCAUGGAAAGUGGGCAGACUGUCGUCCUCACUGAAGCUGGUAAAUUGGCAUUGAAUUUGACACGAGCACAACAUAUGGGAAUGAAGCGGUUGCACGUUGCUGGUAGAAGAGGGUCAUCGAGAAAAGUUAUAGCUAUUCGUGCUGAUCAAAUAUUGGGACAAACAAAUUCUAGCCUCACACCUCGAGGUCCUAACAUACUGAAAAGAACUAUGGAUAAUAAAGCUGGGAAAUUAUUCUUUGCUUCUCUCGCCAAUAACACAUCUUCUGUACCAGCAUUGAGCCAAGUGAAGAACAUUCCAGCGCCUAAGCGUAAAAUAAUGACACCCAUAAAGACCAUAGAGCCAGGAAUCUUGCAAUUCGAUGACGACAUAGAGGAAGUUACCGAAGAGGAUAAUUCCGAGGAUAUGAACGUUGAACAGGUCAUGGAUAUAGCCAUGUUGAACAAACAGCUAGCUGAGGCUCGUCGACAAGCUGCCGAAUACCGCAAGCAAUUAAUAAAGAAGGAAGAAGAGGCAGAAAAAUAUAAACAACAAUUGAAAUCCAUCACUGCUCAAUCUACGACUAAAUAAUUCGACAAAUUUCUUGUAAACAUCAAAUACACUUCGAAUAAUUUCAAUCGAUUAUCCAGAAUGUAUAGAAAUCACCGACACCACGAUUUGUAUGAAUUUAUGCCCGAACAUGUAUGCAAUGCAUGUGACGAGAAAAAUACCCUGAGAUUUUCGAGUGUACACUACUCAAAGUGUGUUAUAGAUUAUGAUAUUUUUUAUUUCUGUAAAAAUUGGUACAUGUAAUAAAAAACUAAUUUCAUACUAAA